AUGCAGCCAAUGGUCAUGCAGGGAUGCUCAUUCACCCUCCCCAGAUGUCGUGAAUGGCACACCACAGGGGCGUCCCGUCGCAACAGCACCUCCUACUUUCAGUCUCAGGUUAAAACAGCCCGUGAUGGCACCAUACCGGCCAGUCUGAACAGGAAACCUCCAAACGGUGCUGUUGGGCCCCAGAUGACCCUGGAAAUGAAUCUAUGCUGGAAUGAGAUUAAGAAAAAAUCACACAGCCUUCGGGCUCGCCUUGAAGCCUUCUCAGACCACAGCGGCAAGCUGCAGAUUCCUUUGCAGGAGAUCAUUGACUGGCUUAGCCAAAAAGAUGAGGAAAUUUCUGCCCAGCUACCACUCCGUGGGGACGUUCCCCUGGUACAGCAGGAGAAAGAGAGGCAUACAGCCUUCAUGGAAGAAGUGAAGUCUCGGGGACCGUACAUUUAUUCCGUUUUGGAAUCAGCUCAAGUUUUCCUUACUCAGCACCCAUUUGAAGAAGUGGAAGAUGUAAAUCUUGACAGCAAAGAUGUCUCCCCAAGACACCGGAUCCAGAACAUCAGCCGUUUUGUGUGGAAGCAGGCAACGGUGGCCAGCGAACUAUGGGAGAAGCUAACAGCCCGCUGUGUUGACCAGCACCGUCACAUUGAAAGGACCCUAGAGCAGCUGCUGGAGAUCAAAGGGACCAUGGAGGAGCUGAGCACCACCCUCAACCAAGCUGAAAGUGUGCAAGAGACCUGGGAACCCAUUGGAGAUCUCUUCAUUGAUUCUUUGCCGGAGCAUAUCCAGGCCACCAAGUUGUUCCAAGAGGAGCUCUCCCCCAUGAAAGAUGGAGUGAAACUUGUGAAUGACCUUGCACAUCAGCUGGCUAUCUCUGAUGUUCAUCUGUCCAUGGAGAACUCCCGUGCUCUAGAACAGAUCAACACACGCUGGAAACAAUUACAGGUCUCCAUCAACGACCGCCUGAAGCAUCUUCAAGAUGCCCACCGGGACUUUGGGCCAGGAUCACAACACUUCCUCUCGACCUCAGUCCAGGUCCCCUGGGAACGAGCUAUUUCUCCCAAUAAAGUCCCUUACUACAUCAACCACCAAGCCCAGACAACAUGUUGGGACCAUCCAAAGAUGACUGAAUUAUACCAAACGCUGGCCGACUUGAACAACAUCAAGUAUUCUGCUUACCGUACAGCCAUGAAGCUACGGCGGGUGCAGAAGGCUUUGAGACUGGACAUGGUGACCCUGGCAACAGCCCUGGAGCUGUUUAAUGAGCAUGAGCUGCAGCCCAGUGACCACGUGAUGGACGUGGUGGAAGUGAUCCAUUGCUUGACCUCUUUGUAUGAGCGGCUGGAGGAGGAAAGAGGCAUUCUGGUCAACGUCCCUCUCUGUGUGGACAUGAGCCUGAAUUGGCUGCUCAAUGUUUUUGACAGUGGGCGCAGCGGGAAGAUGCGGGCCCUCUCCUUCAAGACGGGCAUUGCUUGUCUCUGCGGCACGGAGGUGAAGGAGAAAUUCCAGUAUCUCUUUAGCCAGGUGGCCAACUCCAGCGGGCUCUGCGACCAGAGGCAUCUCGGCAUCUUGCUCCACGAAGCCAUCCAAGUCCCGCGACAGCUGGGGGAAGUGGCGGCAUUUGGCGGGAGCAACGUGGAGCCCAGUGUGCGCAGCUGUUUCCGCUUUGUAAGUGAGUUUCUGGAGUGGGCAAACUUAGAGCCACAGUCAAUGGUGUGGCUGGCCGUCCUUCACCGAGUAGCCAUUGCUGAGCAAGUAAAACACCAGACCAAGUGCUCCAUCUGCCGGCAAUGCCCCAUCAAAGGUUUCAGAUACCGCAGCCUCAAGCAGUUCAAUGUGGACAUCUGCCAGGCAUGUUUCCUGACGGGACGAGCCAGCAAAGGCAACAAGCUGCAUUAUCCCAUCAUGGAAUACUACACGAUGACCACUUCCAGCGAGAACAUGAGGGAUUUUGCCACCACCUUGAAAAACAAGUUCCGUUCCAAGCAGUACUUCAGCAAGCAUCCCCAGAGAGGAUACCUGCCAGUCCAAUCCGUGCUGGAGGCCGACGUCAUUGAAACGCCAGCCUCUUCUCCGAUGUUACCACAUGCUGACACCCAUUCUCGGAUUGAGCACUUUGCUAGCAGGCUUGCAGAGAUGGAAAGCCAGACUUCUUCUUUUUACAAUGACAAUCUUUCUCCAGAUGAUAGCCUGGAUGAAGAUCAAUAUCUUUUGCGCCAUUCCAGCCCUGUCACAGACGGAGAACCAAUCUCCAGCCAAGAGGCCCAGGAUGGCACCAGGACAGAUGAUAAAGGGGAACUGGAAAGAAUUUUGGCCCACCUGGAGGAUGAAAACAGGAUCCUUCAGGGAGAGCUGAGACGUCUGAAGUGGAAGCACGAAGAGGCCGCUGAGUCUGCACAAGGAGCUCCGGAAACAGCGCAGGAUCCCCCUAGUGAGGAGCUUUUAGCCGAAGCCCGCAUUCUUCGACAACACAAGAGCCGCCUCGAGACCCGGAUGCAAAUCCUGGAGGAUCACAACAAGCAGUUAGAAUCUCAGCUGCACCGUCUGAGGGAGUUGCUUCUUCAGCCACCAGCCAAUUCCAAAGAAGAAGGCUCUGCCACGUCCACCGUGACUUCUUCUCCUCAACCAUCCGAAGGGAGUCAGCCGAGGGAAAAAGAUGCAAGCACGCCCAACACCGAAAUGGCAGAUGAAGUAGAGGCAAAGUCCCAGGAUGUCAGCCUGUGCCUAGAAGAUAUCAUGGAGAAAUUGAGGAAUGCUUUCCCCAAUUCCGGAGGACAAAGACCUAAACCCUUGGCCUUGUGGAAGAAGUCUCUCAAGUUCUCCUAG